ACAGAGUUAGUGCAAGAUAUUCUGCUCCGCGAGUGAGAGUGCAAGGAUAAACGGCACAUACACGCUGCACAUCGGUGCCACACUGAACAGCAUUUAUAUCUAGGUUGGCAUUUCCAAGUGGGAUCCAUUCUGAGAUAUCGCUUUUUCUUCAUGAUCUCUUUUUAACCUUGUGGUUUUCUCGGCUGAUUAUUGAUGGUGCUUCAUGAACUUGAAACAUGACGGGACAGCAGUGUCUCCUCCUGUGUUCACCUCUUCGGCACCUUCACCUUAACAGGUAGCCCGGGGGGGAAAAACGCCGGGUUUUUUCGGUACGUUUACGGCAGAUGAGCACUAUUUUUUUUAGGACCGGUUCAAAUGGAAGACAGCACCAAACAGUGAUCACCUGGCUGUGACUGCUGGAGAGCGGCGCUGAUCACCGCAAUCACUGCAGGGCGCACAAUUAGAUCCUGUCCAUUCCUGAAGUUAAAUGGGGGAAACGGAACUGCGACAUUUGCAGCAUCUAUUUUAUUCCAGUUUUUGCGACCAGCUGAUUUUACCCAACAUUUUUUCUUGAGUCUGAUUACUCCAGCGGGUCGAAUAUUUUGUUCUUCUUAUUCCUGGAUCCAAAGCUUGAUCUGACUGAGAAGGAUAUCUUUGCUCGAAUAAUCUCACAGGUACACCGGAGGAGAAGACUAUGAGCUGACACACUCCAGCUUUUCUCCUGCGCUGUAACGGAUUUGGGUUGUCGCUGGAAGAUUCCUGCCAUCACAUGCAAGGAGGCACUGCCUGUAACAACAUUGCAUAGAAAAAAACCUUUGAUUUACUAAAGACUGGAAACACAUUUACGCUGUCAUGGAUCUAAAAGACUAUUACCUGUUGGGUGCCCUGUUCGCCUGCUUAUGGCUAGAUCCUUCAAUAGCCCAAGAGCUAAUAUACCCCAUCAGAGAGGAGUUGCAAGAAAAUGUCCUCAUUGGAAACAUACCAAAGGACCUAAACAUUUCCCAUACAAAUGCUGCCACUGGAGCAAGUGCUAAUCUUGUGUACCGGCUCGUCUCCAAAGCAGGAGAUAACCCUCUGGUGCGUGUUCUGAGCAGCACUGGCGAGAUAUUCACUACAUCAAACCGAAUCGACAGGGAGAAGUUGUGCCCUGGUCCCUCGUUUGAGGACAGCGAGUGCUCCUUUGAAAUUGAAGUGGUCAUCCUCCCUAAUGAUUAUUUCAGGCUGAUUAAGAUCAAAAUAAUUGUCAAAGACACAAAUGAUAAUGCCCCCAUGUUCCCGUCCCCUGUGAUCAACAUCUCCAUCCCAGAGAACACGCUCAUUAACAGCCGAUUUGCCAUUCCUUCUGCCACUGACCCAGACACUGGCCCUAACAGUGUCCACAAAUACGAGCUCAUCAACGGGCAAAGUGCCUUUGGCUUAGACAUAGUGGAAACGCCUGAGGGGGAGAAGUGGCCCCAGCUCAUUGUGCAGCAGAAUCUGGACAGAGAGCAGAAGGAUACAUAUGUGAUGAAGAUCAAAGUGGAGGAUGGUGGCAGUCCGCAGAAAUCCAGCACUGCAAUUCUCCAAGUUACAGUAACGGAUGUCAAUGAUAACAGACCGGUGUUUAAAGAGGGUCAGAUAGAUGUGCACAUACCAGAAAACUCCGCUAUUGGCACAUCUGUUGUGCAGCUCCAGGCGUCAGAUGCAGACAUAGGGGCGAAUGCAGAAAUACGUUAUGUAUUUGGGACUCAGGUGUCAGCUGCUACGAAAAGACUCUUUGCAUUAAAUACAACAUCUGGCCUAAUUACAGUGCAGAGACUUCUCGACAGAGAGGAGACGGCUAUUCAUAAGCUCUCUGUUUUAGCCAGUGAUGGCAGCUCUAGUCCCGCAAGAGCUACUGUUACUAUAAAUGUGACUGAUGUGAAUGACAAUCCACCUAAUAUAGACCUGAGAUACAUAAUCAGUCCCAUUAACGGCACUGUUUUCCUCUCUGAGAAGGAUCCCAUCAAUACCAAGAUAGCUCUCAUCACAGUGUCAGACAAAGACACUGACAUCAAUGGCAAGGUCAUUUGUUUCAUUGAGAAAGAUGUGCCCUUCCAUCUAAAGGCUGUGUACGACAACCAGUAUCUGUUAGAGACAUCUGCUCUGCUUGACUACGAAGGCACUAAGGAGUAUAACUUUAAAAUCGUGGCUUCUGACUCUGGAAAACCCAGCUUGAAUCAGACUGCCUUGGUAAGAGUGAGGCUGGAGGAUGAGAAUGACAACCCGCCUAUUUUUACUCAGCCAGUUAUUGAGCUAGCUGUUAUGGAAAACAACAAGCGCGACCUGUUCCUCACGACUCUCAGUGCCACAGAUGAGGACAGUGGGAAAAACGCAGAGAUAGUUUAUCAGCUGGGACCAAAUGCAUCCUUCUUUGAUCUUGACCGAAAAACUGGGGUCCUGACUGCAUCCAGGGUUUUUGAUCGGGAGGAUCAGGAUAGGUUCCUCUUCACUAUAACGGCAAGAGAUAACGGGACACCCCCUUUGCAGAUGCAGGCGGCUGUUAUUGUAACUGUGCUGGAUGAAAAUGAUAACAACCCAAAGUUCACACAUAACCACUUUCAGUUCUUUGUGUCUGAGAAUCUUCCAAAAUACAGCACAGUUGGGGUGAUAACUGUCACAGAUUCAGAUGCCGGAGAAAAUGCUGCGGUUUCUCUUUCCAUACUGAAUGACAAUGAGAACUUUAUCCUGGAUCCUUACUCUGGAGUGAUUAAAUCUAAUGUGUCAUUCGAUAGGGAGCAACAGAGCUCCUACACUUUUGAUGUCAGGGCUGUGGACAGUGGCAGGCCUCCUUGCUCCUCAGCCGCCAAGGUGACCAUAAAUGUAAUCGAUGUGAACGACAACACCCCCAUUGUCAUCUAUCCCCCCUCCAACACAUCUUUCAAGCUCGUACCUCUCUCCUCUAUCCCAGGAUCUGUGGUAGCAGAAGUGUUUGCUGUAGACGGUGAUACAGGAAUGAAUGCAGAACUGAAAUACACCAUUGUGAGUGGAAACAACAAAGGACUUUUCAGAAUUGACCCUGUCACAGGCAAUAUUACUCUGGAGGAAAAACCAGCUUUGACUGACAUAGGCUUACACAGAUUAGUGGUCAAUAUCAGUGACCUGGGAUAUCCUAAAUCUCUCCAUACGCUUGUGCUGGUAUUUCUGUAUGUCAAUGACACUGUGGGCAACUCGACUCUCAUCUAUGAUCUCAUCCGACGCACCAUGGAGACCCCAAUUGACCGUAACAUUGGUGAAAGUAGUGAAACGUAUCAAAGCGGUGACUAUUUAACCAUAAUGAUAGCCUUUGUAACUGGGGCAUUGGUAGUGAUUAUUGUCAUCUUUGUCACUGUGCUUCUGCGCUGCCGCCAUGCUUCCAGGUUCAAAGCUGCACAGCGGAAAAAACAGGGGGCUGAGUGGAUGUCACCCAACACUGAAAACAAGCAGAACAAAAAGAAAAAGCGCAAGAAAAGGAAGUCCCCAAAAAGCUCUCUGCUCAACUUUGUCACCAUUGAGGGGAACAAGCCUGACGAUCCUGCUCACGAGCCAAUCAACGGAACCAUCAGCCUGCCCACCGAGCUGGAAGAGCAAGGGAUUGGACGCUUUGAAUGGAAUGCCACACCCACAACAACCUUUAAACCCAGCAGCCCAGACCUGGCCCGGCACUACAAGUCCGCCUCGCCGCAAUCGGCCUUCCACCUCAAGGCCGACACGCCAGUCUCAGUGAAGAAGCAUCACGUGAUUCAGGAGCUCCCAUUGGAUAACACAUUUGUUGGGGGCUGUGACACCCUUUCCAAGAGGUCCUCCACGAGCUCUGACCACUUCAGUGCCUCGGAGUGCAGCUCCCAAGGAGGGUUCAAGACGAAGGCGCCCAUGCACACCAGACAGCAGAUUAAUGGCCACUCGUGAUUGGUUGUGAAGGG